AUGUCUGCCCCGUCAGCCUUUUCGGCUGGCCUUCCUCCAUCUAUACCUGCCAACAAUCAUGAGAUACGAGAUUAUUACUCCAACCAAGACCCACCUCGGUCUGUACCACACAUUGCACCAUCCAUCACACCCUACCUUGGCCUCCGGGCUCGACUAUCACAAAUCUGGUUCAAUCGAUGGACCAUCCUCCUCCUACUUGUUCUUAUUCGUACCCUUAUUGCUAUCGCUGGUAUCGAUAACAAUUUAGCUUCAGCACGGCUUGAAGCACUUUCAGCAUGUUCCGAAGUCGAAUCGAUGGGCUCCACCAUGGCCUCCAUGCCUCAUUACAUGUCUCAAGGUGUCAAUGAGCUGGCCGCCACUGGCGUCGAGAAAUCUGUCAACGGCUUAAUGCAAAUGUCGACUAUGAGUGUGACAGCAGUCGAGGAAAUCGCGGUCUUCGUCAUCGGAAUGAUGACAAAUACCUAUCUUUGCCUCAUCACACUCGCAGUAUCUGGAAGUCUUGAAUCCGUCAUUGGAACACUUGAUUCUGCACAGAAAGGCCUCAAUUCAUUGACCAAAACUCUUGGCGAUGAUUUAGGCGGUGUAGUCGGUGAUUUUGAGGACAAGUACAACGACUUGGUUGACAGCUUGUCUUCAUUCUUCUCUGUCGGCAGUCAAAUUGCAACUCCUCCAAAGCUCGAUCUUAGCAAGCAGGAAGAUGCCGUCAGAAAACUCAAGCUGCCACCAAACCUAGAUGCCGAACUUCAAAAACUCAACAAAUCAAUUCCUACUUUUGACGAAGUGAAAAACUUCACUGAAUCCCUUAUUCGACUACCAUUCGAAGAAGUCAAGAAGCUCAUGGCCGAAUCCAUGGGCAAUUACACCUUCAAUCGCACAGCGUUCCCCGUCCCACAGAAAGAACAACUCAGGUUCUGUGGCGAGGACGAUGGUAUCAACGACUUCUUCGACAGAUUGACUGAUCUAGCCCAUCUAGCUCGACGUGUAUUCAUUGGCGUCCUGGUUGUGCUGGCUAUUCUCGUCAUGGUCCCAAUGGCAUGGCGAGAGAUCAUCCGAUAUCGCAAAGCCCAGGAUCGCGCCUUGCUUGUCCACGACAAUGCUCGUGAUCCCAUGGAUGUUGUCUAUCUUGUUAGCCGGCCAUAUACCUCCUCUGCAGGUUUGAAAUUCUCCCAAGGCUUCGAGUCUCAGCGAAGGAAAAACCUUAUGAGAUGGGUGAUUGCCUAUGCCACGACCGAGGCUGCACUAUUCGUCCUCGCACUCGCCAUCGCAGGCCUUUUCGCGUGUAUCUGUCAAGCCAUUCUCCUUUCGGCCUUGGCAAAACAAGUCCCUACACUCAGCGAUCAGGUUGGCGCUUUCAGUGACAAAGUCGUGGCCCAACUCAAUAAUGCAUCAGCACAAUGGGCGCUUGGCACCAACGCGGUCCUUAUGGAAACAAAUCAAAACAUCAAUGACGAUAUGCUAGGUUGGGUCAACACUACGACGACCGCAAUCAACGAUACUCUCAAUGCCUUCGUCGACAAGACAACUGAUGUUUUGAACGACACUUUUGGUGGCACACCACUUUAUGAGCCAAUCAUGGAAGUUCUCAAUUGCCUAGCAUUGAUGAAGAUUGCCGGAAUUCAAAAGGGUCUUACCUGGGUAUCCGAUAAUGCACACGUUGACUUCCCUCUCUUUGACAACGAUACCUUCAGUCUUGGUGCCGUUCAGAGUCUCUCAUCCUCAGCCAAUCCUGAUGAUUCAUUUCUAUCCAACCCAGGUGACGCAACUAGUGAUCGUAUCUCUAGCGCAGUUGCUCGAUUCAUUGGUACUCUCGAGGAUGGCAUCCGAACCGAGGCUCUUAUAUCAACAGGGAUCCUUCUUGUGUGGAUCUUCAUUGUCUUUGUUGGUGUCAUUCGCGCCUUGACUCUUUGGAAUGGACGUGACAAGGUCCGUCGCGAUGCAGGUGAAUUUUCCUCUUCUGCUCCCGCGGAUGAUAGAUAUCCAUCAGCCGAUCAGCAUCGUUCCGAGAUGCAAGAUCGCUCUGCUGGUUUCACUGAUAUUCCAUUGACCGCGGUUUACGAUCAUCACAAAAUGGCUCCAAUGGAACCAGCCCCGAAGUAUACACCACCACCAAAAGAGAUGCAGGUCUCUCAAACCGAGUAUCAUCAAGAAAGUACAGCCGCCUCUCAGAGGCAAAGGCCGCAAUCAUAUGAUAGAUCAGAUCCUUUCGGAGAUGAUAAGCGAGUCGAUAUCUGGAAUAGGAUUUGA